AACGACCAACAAGAUGGCGGCCGGAGGGUAAAUGUGUGACAGCAAUCUCAAGGCAUUAAAUUGUGCGGAAGAUUAGGAUAUCAACAACGAUGUAGGACACUGCCUUGAUAAAUAAUUUUAGUUGAAGUUGUUACUCUUUUGAAGAACUCACUAUGUCCGGGGAUUUACAAGCAACGAUAGAAUUCGCCGUCGAAUUUUCCACGUUUCACAACAUCGAUCUCUUUCAGCGAGGGUAUUACCAUAUUCGUUGUACUCUUAAACCUCCCGUGAAGGCAGCAGCAAGUGUGGAGGUAGAAAAAAGGCUUGAUACUGUGUCAGACAGCCAAGAGGCAGAAUACCAAUUUGGGGCAACCAUCAACUCUUCUGGGCAGACAGCCAUCUCAAAAACAUUCCAAAUUCUUUACAGAAAUGAGUCUGUGGUGUUGAAUGAUUCCUUUGUUUUUCGUCUCCAUUUGUUGGUGGACAGUGACAAGAUUGUCCAGGAAAUUGACCAAGGAGAUUAUCAAAUGUCAGUGGAACUGUUUUUCUCAGACUCGGACUAUGGAGUUGACUCAGUUGAAUCUCUUACAAAUGUAAGCACCCAAACAUUAAAACUGCACAUGUCCUGUGUGAAAGGUCUGCAUCACCAUGUGCCGAUCUUGUUUGACUAUUAUCACUUUGCUGUCAUCGACACAACAAUUCAUGCCACAGUAACAGCACUUGGUCUUCCUGAUCACAGCAUUGUUAGACCUGUGAAAAACAACUGGCUUGGCAAACCACCUUCAAAUAUGAGAGUAUCAACACCAGCUUUCUAUGUUGUACUCUUCAGUAACAAGGCUUUAGCACCUCAGAGUUCUAAAACAUCACUUGUGGAGAAGCAGCUGCAGUUUGCUUAUGACACACACAGGUCAUUGUGCAGCACUUUGUUAUCUGCCCAAGUGAAUUUGUUAGCUUAUUUCCAAUGCUUGAGUGAGCUGCUUCCAGAUAAUCAAAGAAUGGAUAUUGGAAUUGUCGACUUUGGUGAAAAGCUUGAUGUGCUUUGUAGGGCAGUAGAGGGAACAGUUGGGUGUGAGGAAACAUUUUCUCAAGUUUGUAGUGACCUCAAUAACCUUAGCUCUGAACUUUCCUUAGUAUGGUCACAGUUUCUUGAGUUCUUCAGCCUCAACAAAGCUAUUUUACCAUUCAUGAGGAAAGAACACCAUAAACAUCGGCUCUCUCACUUUUCUGAAGCAUUUUUCAUCAAGGAGUAUCCAUGGAAUGAACUUCAAAAUACACCACAUUUCUUGUAUCAACAGCAGCAAAGCUUGGCUCAGAGUGUGAAGACUUCUCGUUAUUACCAGAGUAUUCCUCCAGUGCAAGUCGAGUGUCCCCUGUUAGAUGGAGAUACCUCUUCUACUCCAAUUAUAUUCGAAGAUAAGUUUAGUUUUUUGGAGCCCAGAGAACCAGAUUUUCCCAGAAACCCAGAGAUGAAAGAAAUAUUUUUUACAGUUGGUUUGGAUGAGACUGAUGAUAUCACGGAUGAAAGUUUUCUGGUAAUCAAUGGUCAAGAUUCUGAUGAAGCCGAAAAGAACGGCGCAGCGUCGAAAACAGUUUCAGAAGAGAGCGUGCACCAACCAGAGAUACAGCAAGGCGAUCCUAGCAGUGCAACAGAGAAGGCACUUGACAAAGAAACGGAUUUAACUGAAGGCAUAGGCGAAGUAGAUAGCACCGCUGCUCUGGAUGAUAUUGACAUUGCUUUAAAUGGCGAGAUUGACGAUACACCUAACGGAAAUUCUAAUUUAGCCGAAGAUUUGUCGUCGUUUUUAAGUAAUUCGGAAAGCACUCAACCGCUCAUAGCCGAAGAUAGUAACAUUUCUGAUAAUGAAACGCAGUCUGAUGAUAAAGAUAUUGAAGUUGAAAGAACUUGUGAUGUAAAAUCUUCUGAAGGUGAUGAGGAACAAAAGGAAUUGGCCUCUGAUAAUGAAGAGUCGGAAUUUUUAGACGCUGCAGCAAUAAAUGGCAUUGAAAUGUCACCUAGUGCUACAACUGACGUUGAGAAUUCUGAUCCGUCAGAUGACAUCGAUAGUCCUUCGGAAAACGCACCAGAAAAACAAACCGAAAAGGAAACCAAAGCGCACAGCGAUGCCGAGUCAGCACUCGUAAGUAAUGAUACUGCCAAAGAAUCUGUUGAAAUCACAGACAGCUCGAAUGAGGAAAAUUCCGAAGAUCCUGAGUUACAAUUUAUUGCUAAUGGCUCCCAGGAUGAGUUAGUCUCCUCGUCAACAACCGAAACUGCAGCAGACUCGAGUAAUUACGAAACGCCGAUGUCUUCCGAGGCGUCCACGAGUGCAACUUCGGGAAGCCAAUCCAACGUCGUGACCGAACAACCGAACGUUAAUGGGGUUUCGUCUCGUAACUCGGUGACUGUCACCGAUAGCGCGCCAACCGCACCAACAAGGAAAAACAAAAAGAAAAGCGUCCCUAAAGGACUUUCUUCGAGCUCGUUGGGAGGUUGUUUUCCUUUGGCUUGCGCGGGAAACACAUCGCCUGCAUUUACUUUGUCACGAGGAGAUUCUGUGUACGGAGGCAGCGUGAGGUCGAGGUUUGAAAUAGCGAAAAGAUCAGUGAAACGCAGUCUAAACUACGCCUGUCAAGUAUACAGUGACCGCCAAUUGGUAGGAAUUCGUGAGCCAUAUUUUAGCGCUGAGGCGCCUGAAGGCAUUGAGACGCAUUUGAUCGUUUGUGUACAUGGAUUGGACGGUAACAGCGGGGAUCUUCGCCUUGUACGUUGUUACUUGGAAAUGGCCCUUCCUUCUACACGACUGGACUUUCUCAUGUCGGAAAUCAACCAGCCUGACACUUUUGUGACGUUUGAAGAAAUGACUGAGAAGCUGGUUCAAGAAAUAACGCAUCAUAUUGAGGCCUAUAAUCUCUUCCCCACGAAAAUCAGUUUUGUAGGUCAUUCUUUAGGGAACAUUAUCAUCCGGUCCGCUCUCGGCCACCCUGAAUUGAGGCCCUUCCUGGACAAGAUCCACACGUUUUUGUCCCUUUCGGGUCCUCAUUUGGGAAUGCUAUACCCAACAAGUUCUCUUGUCAGCACUGGCUUGUGGUUCAUGCAAAAGUGGAAGAAGUCCGAUUCGUUGUUACAGUUGUCAUUACACGAUCAUGCUGACCCACGACAAACGUUUAUUUAUCGACUCAGUCAAUCAGAAGGCCUUCGGUACUUCAAAAAUAUUCUUCUGGUUAGCUCGGUACAAGACCAUUAUGUUCCAUAUCACUCGGCCAGGAUAGAGAGUUGUCGAGGAGCCAUGAGAGAUAACUCGGAUGUCGCUGUGGCCUACAGAGAGAUGAUAGACAAUCUUCUGAAACCACUGGAAGGAAGGAAAGAUAUGAACCUUAUCCGUUACAGUGUUUAUCACAAUCUUCCAAGUUCAGCGAAUUCGUUUAUUGGCCGAGCUGCUCACAUAGCGAUGCUCGAUUCUGAACUUUUUAUCGAGAAGUUGCUGUUAGUUUCUGCGUUAGAUUACUUUAGAUAGGUAAACGUUUGAAUAGUGCUAGAAAUGCAGUCUCGCGCAAGUAAUCCUGUCCUGAGAAAAUGUUAUGAAGUCUUUUUUUAUGACAACUAGUGAUGUAAGCCUUGUGAGCCAAAGUUGUAAGACGUUCGUGUUAUGCCGAAAACUUUCGGUACAUUUUCGGCAACCUUUCGAAACGCGCACGAAAAGUUUACGACGGUAAUCACUGAACCCGGAAGAAUGAUAAGAAAUUCACGAAGUUGCCAUCGGCAACAGCAAUUGUACUUGCGCUCAACUUGUUUUACGGUACCAUGGGAAUUGGUGUUGCCUUGAGGAGAGGAAAAAACGAAAUUGAUGGCAAAAUAUUUAGACGAGAAUGGUUAGUUAAUUCUGACAUUUAAGUCUUUUUGGAUGCAUUUAGGGUGUUUUGAUGCUAGAUAAGUUGAAUUAUGAUAUAGUAUAGGUUCAAUUUAAUUUGAUUAAUGUGUAAUCGGUAGUAAUAGCGUAUCUACUCGUAUUAGAAUUUUGUAUGGCUAUCAGCGAGAGAAUUCAGGAAAAUCCUUUGUACCUUUUGUUUGAGUUCCAAGUUUCUGAUUAUGUGGUCUUCGGUCUUCUCCAGAGAGAGAUCUAUUUGAAAGUAAUUAUUGAAAAUUGGCAUUUUCUUCCCAUCUUUUGAGCACAUGAAUCUAGCUUUUUUUCUCCAUUAGAAAUCUCUUCCUCGGUGUUUUUCCUCUCUGCACGCCU